AUGGAAAUGGCCAGUGAUUCCACGUUGACAGAAUUUGUCCUGGUGGGGCUUUCUGCCCACCCAAGAGUGCAGAUAGUUUUGUUUGUGGUUGUUUUAUGUAUGUACCUGAUGAUCCUACUUGGAAAUGGAGUUCUUAUCUCAGUACUCAUCUAUAAUUCUCACCUACACACCCCCAUGUAUUUCUUCCUCUGUAAUCUUUCUUUUCUGGACAUUUGCUACACAAGCUCUUCUGUCCCACUAAUUCUUGACAGCUUUCUGACAAUGAGAAAAAGGGUUUCCUUCUCUGGAUGCAUGGUGCAAAUGUUUCUCUCCUUUGCAAUGGGGGCCACAGAGUGUGUGCUUCUUGGCAUGAUGGCACUUGACCGCUAUGUAGCCAUUUGCUUCCCACUGAGGUACCCAGCCAUCAUGAACAAGGGUGCCUAUGUGCCCAUGGCAGCUGGAUCCUGGGUCUCUGGGCUUGCUGACUCAGUGGUACAGACAUCUCUUGCAAUGCAACUACCAUUCUGUGCUAAUAACGCCAUUAACCAUUUUGUCUGUGAAAUCCUUGCUAUUCUGAAACUGGCGUGUGCUGAUAUUUCAAUCAAUGUGAUCAGCAUGGCAGGGUCAAACCUCAUUGUCUUGGUUAUUCCAUUGCUAGUAAUUUCCAUCUCUUACAUUUUUAUUGUUGCCACCAUCCUGAGGAUCCCUUCCACUGAAGGAAAACAUAAGGCUUUCUCUACUUGCUCUGCCCACCUGACGGUGGUGGUUAUAUUCUAUGGAACCAUCUUCUUUAUGUAUGCAAAGCCUGAGUCUAAAACCUCUGUUGGUACAGAUAAUAAAGACAUCAUUGAGGCCCUCAUCUCCCUCUUCUAUGGAGUGCUGAUUCCCAUGCUCAAUCCUCUCAUCUACAGUUUGCGGAACAAGGAUGUAAAGGCUGCUAUGAAGAACAUGUUGGGCAGAAAAUAA